AUGUCGUUUUUAGGGGUCCCAACUUCGCUCGGCCAUGCGGUACAUAAACUGGCCCUCUGGGUACUUUUCGCCGUCAUAUUCAGCUCCAUCGUACGAUUCAUAUUGCUCGUUGACCUCAACAAGCGAGGAUACAACCAUAUGUUUCUAUGUGCCUCCGAACGGCUCAGCGCCGUUUUAUUAGAACGCUCACACAGAGACUGGACAAGUCUUUUCGACGGUUGCGGCGCGUACGACUUCAGUGGGCCCGAGGAACUCUCGCUCGCCGUCUCCGCUCUGCCGAAAUCAAAAGAUUUAUCCGAUAUUGUGAAAGAAAUGUGCAACGUUACCGUCGCGCGUCGCCCCCAGCCUGCUGUCAAAUCAGAAUCGACUACUACACCCGGACGUGCCGCGUUGAGCACGCAACUUGCCGGCUCUUUCAUCAACUCGUUCCGCAAGUGUGAAGAUGACGAAAUGGAUGCUUCUAUGUGCUCCCUCGAUAGAACUCUCUCCCAGAUGGACGACGGCAAGCCGAAGUCGAGCAAAAAGCGGGCUGACGAUACGUUUAUUGAUUUCGGAGACGAGGAUGACCUUGAUAUCGAUGGCGACAUGGCCUAUGAGCACGAGUCGUGGGAAUUUUUGAAGUCAGAAAAGGUCCGUGAUGCAAACAGGCGCCGUCCCGACGAUCCGGAAUACGAUCCAAGUACGCUAUGGAUUCCCAACGACUUUCUGGAGAAGCAAACGCCAGGUCACACGCAGUGGUGGAAGCUGAAGACGCAGAACUACGACACCAUUCUGUUCUUCAAAGUCGGAAAGUUCUACGAGCUCUACCACAUGGACCCCGUCAUCUCCGCCCAGCACUUGUCGCUCUCGUUUAUGAGAGGGAAAUAUACGCACACGGCCUUUCCGGAAAUCGCAUUUGGACGAUUUGCCGAUCAGUUGGUGUCGAGGGGAUAUAAGGUAUACGCACUCUACAAUGUGGUCAACUACUGUUCAACGCCAUUCGGCCGCCGUCUCCUUCGCCAAUGGAUUUGCAAGCCAACCUGUGACCCGGAAACGCUAACGUCGCGUCAGGAUGCCAUUGAAUGGCUCACCAACGAUGGCCAAGCCUUCAUGGACAGGGUCGACGAGCUGCUCAAAAGAAUUCCCGACCUGGCUCGGCUUUUACAGAAGAUCCACACUCUUGGCCUUAAAUACCGAGCUGAAAUCCACCCCGAUCCCCGGGCCGUCAUGUUCGAGUCUACCAAGUACAACAGGCGCAAGAUCAAGGAUCUUCUUGUGACCUUGCGCGGAUUCGAGGCGACCGGAAGAAUUGUCAAAGGCUACGACAAACUCGUGAUGGAUGGUGAAAGUGCCACCCUCAUCGAUCAGCUAAUCGGUGUCGACCACAUCCCAGACAUCACUCCGGAUUUGAAGCAUGUCCAAGUUCCGGGAGUGGCGUUCUCACAUAUGGCAUGCAUGGUUGAGGGCGAAAAUGAGCAAGACCCGACGCUCGAGACGGUGACCUUCCUCUAUCGGCUCGUGUCGGGCAUCUGCCCCAAGUCCUACGGUUUCUACGCCGUCAAAUUGGCCGGAAUCGAUGAUGAGGUGGACCGCAACGCGUACUUCCCAGCGUCUCGCCUCGUGCACCGACGGCCUUUCCCAGCUCGAAACAUCCAAAGCGUUGGCACG